AAGAGAUCUGUGUGCCUGUGGUGCGCACGCUUCCCAGUGAUUCCCUGGGAAACUUCCCAGGGCUCCUAAAAAGCACUGGGCCCCUGCGGUGCGGGGCAAAGGGGAGGGGGGCUGGUCCAGGAUGGAGCUGAUGGUGCUGCUCAAUGCUCUGGUUACUCGCCUGCUCUUUGUGUUGCACUCUCUCAUCGGGGUCUGGAGAGUGACUGCUGUGAAGAAAGAACCCAAGUACUGGCUGCUGGCACUGCUCAAUCUUCUCCUGUGCCUGGAGACAGGGCUCACCCUCAAGUUUAAGCAAGGCAGAGGCUACAAAUGGUUUUCACCAGCAAUAUUUUUAUAUCUGAUUUGCACAGUACCAUCACUAUGGCUACUAGAAAUUCAUCAUGGGACUCAGUACUGUGGCAACGAGCCCGGAGCAGUUCAGGUGAAUGUCAGCAACCAAGACUUCAAUCAAUCCAGAGACAGCAGUCACGCAAGUGAGGGAACAGAUCACCACAUCAUUCAGACGGCUAAAGUCUUUGUGAAACAGCUCUCCACGAUCUGUGAGACUGUAUGGACACUGGCCCUUCACCAGACUUUUCUACUGCUGCUAGUAGUUGGGAGAUGGCUUCUCCCCAUUGGGGUUGAAAUCACCCGGGAUCAAUUGUCUCAGCUGCUGCUCAUGUUUGUGGGAACAGCAGCAGAUAUACUUGAAUUUGCUAGUGAAACCUUGGACAUUGAAGAUGUUCGGAAGAAUUAUGCUCUCAUAAAUGCAAUUCUUGCUGUAUGGACCUGGAGUAUGUUACAGUUUCCACUCGAUCUUGCAGUACAGCAUAUUGGCUGCAAACCAACUGCGUCAACUAGGCGGAUCCCCAGCCUGCUGCUGUGCAGGUACAGCGCCGAACUGUGGAACAUUGGAGUCAGCCUUUUCAUACAGGAUGGUCCCUUCUUCAUUGUGCGUUCAAUCCUGAUGGGCCACUUCAGAAUAUUCAAUCAGAUGCUGGUGUUUUUUACAGCUAAGAAUAUCUUAGUUGUGACUCUGCAAUUGUAUCGUUUGGCAGUGAUAACCUUAGACUUUCGUGCUACCAUUGUGCAGAAGAGCAGGAAAGGAGAAGUCAGCUGUUGUCCAUGUGAGCCUUAUGAAGCUAGUACUCAUGCUACCGCUGACCAAGAUACCAAAAUGAAAGAGUUUGUUACUUUUCCUCCAAAAGAGGAAUCCCAAACUCCAUCAGAAGAUCAGUGAGCCAUUACUGACUUGAAAGAGGUUGCACUUCCCACAGCUUCUUCAGAAGAGCUUAGCCUGUUUCUAUGAUCAAGCACACCUUGAGUGAGUGCCUAAGUAUCUCUUCCACCAAGAGAUCAAGAAUUUCUUCUAAAUUGUAGGAAAAACUUCUGAAGCAAAGUCAUGGAAACGGGACAUUUUUGUAUCCAUUUGUAUGCUGGGUUUUGACUAGUUCCCUAUUAUAGUAUCCACAGGGAUUUUGUAGCCAUAGUUUGUAGUAGCAAGGAAGGUUUGGCACACUAACAAAGUUGGUUAUUACCUUUGGUGAUACUGUGCUAACAUAUGUACUCACAUGUAUUCAUAUAGAAGGACAAGCCUAUCCAUUAUGGGAAGUACAGAAGCAUUUAGCUCUACUUGAAUGGUCUAUAACUAGAGUGUGAUGAACGAUAUGUUCACCGUAUAUGGGAGCAACUUCAGCAGUGACAACUGUGCAGACAUACACGUGAAGGGGGAUGACAGAUUUCUACUGUUACUGUGACAUCUAAACAUUUUUCAUUCAAGAAAUUUAAGAAAAUCUUGUUCAAAUGUUACCUCAUCCUUGGCUGGAUUCUGUUAAAAAACUAUGCAACACCAUGAAACAGCAUAAACAAAACUGUCUCUUGGGACCUGCAUUGUCUCAAUAACUUAAACAUUACAAAUGAAAACAAACAAAGCAGCCCCACAGAUCAUUAGAAGACAACUGCAUUUGUCACAGGCAUUUUCUACAGAGGUGCUUGCCUUUCUACCAGUUAGAACACAAAAAACCCCACCCCAAAAUAUUUGUAAAGACUUUUUUUCCCCCUGGUUUCACUGUGCUUGCAGUUGGGACAAGUUUUUAAAAAUGUCUCAAUUUUAUAUUAUUUUUAGAAGUGGCCUAAGAUAUACAAUCUAACUAGAAAGAAAAUGGUACUGCUGAAGUUUGACAAGACAAUGUAGACAGAAAAAUUCAGGCUUGUGCUUCACGUUUUAUAAAGCACCACAAGGUCCCAUGAAAUAACUUGAGAAAUUGUCUGGUCUGUUGAGUGUCAAGAUCCACUUUUAAGAAAAGGCUAAUAAUUAUUCAUUUACUACUUUGACAUUUGGAGAGAACAACAUCAGGCCUGAUUAAUUUCUCCCAAGAACAGACUUUAUAUCAGUGUAAGACCAUUGACUUUGCUGAGCUUAGAUUACAGAAGCUCAAAGUAAGAUAAGUGAUUUUUUGAAAGUCUGCCUAAAAAUUAUAUUCUCACAGAAAGUGGCAGGUACUUUUACAAAUGUCUGCAUCCAUUCUAAAACAGUGCAGAAAAGCAUAUAUAAGAAAAUCUAGCAAAUAUAAAUGACCUAAUUAAGGUAACUUCCCUUAUUAAAAAUUCCCAAUUAAACCUUAUUUCCUAAAGCCUCUACUAUCUAAAGACAGAAUCUGGUCUGGAAGCGUAUGAAAGUGUUCUUACCACCACUGCAGCAGUCACAUGCUUAUUUAUCCAUAGCUUGAUAAGCAAUGACAUGUUUAUUCUUUGAAAGAUUAACCUAUUUAAAAAUCCCAACCCCCAAACAUGUGAACCUGUGUUUAUACUUGUGAGACAUUGCUGUUCCAUGCAGGAUCAGGCCCUUCCAUUAUGAAAGAAGAAAAUGCACAGCCAUAAAGAAGGAAGGAAGUCUUAUAUACUUCAUAGCCAUUUCUAACAUUUAUGCUUUAGUAAUAAUGUGCAACACUUCCUGCUUUUCUUAUUUUGGGCCUUUUUCCAGCAGAAAUUAAAAAAGCCAAUCAUCAUUUGCAAUGGCAUUGUGAGGUAGACAUACGGAGAGUGAAAUGCAGCUUCAUUUGGGAUUUUAAUUCAAGUCUAGAAGUAAAAAGCAAGAGUGCUGCUGCUGACCAGCUGCACUAAAACCUUUCACACUAGGGUGAAUUUAGAAUCAGUUGGUAGAACUGCAACACAUCUCUCCCUUGUUGAUGCAAGCCAGGACUACUGACAUUCAUUUUGAGUUUACCACCUGCUGAUAUAGUAAUUAUCCUGUUAAAAGGAUCCUUGCUAAUUAAUUUGGAGUGUACUGAGCUUGCUAGAACAUCAUUCUAAAUUCAUCAGCACAAAAAUUGCAGGACGUACUUUUUUAAACUUGCUGUCUAUUUAAAGGGCUUAGUUCAGCAACAAACUGCCUACAAGGCUCAGCCUGCAGCAAAUGCAAGAUCCCCUGGGGAAAGCAAUACAGAUACUAGUUACAGCAGAAAUAUUUUAGAGAGAACUAUAUUUCCUGAUCUUCAGGCUGUUCCAUUUUAAAGCUUCUAAUCAGAUUUACUAUGAGAAGAACUCAUUCCAAUGCUAGGUUUUUACUACUAGAUCCCAUCCCGGUUCACUCACAGACAGAACAGGCUAGAUCCUCCCUCAUGCUUAUGAUAGAAUAGAUUUGAACUUCCCUUUUCCUCCUCACUAUAAGGGGUGAUAACAAACAAAUCACUUAAAAAUAAAAGAAAACCCAAACAAACAAAGCACUUAAAUGGUGGGUAGUCCACCUCCCCACCUGUGUGUGGAGGGGAAUCACAGAUGCCAGGUAGCAGCAGGAAUGACAUGCAGUCUCCUCUGCUUCGUUGAGAAGCCUGGAAACAGCAGUUAAGAAGUCUAGCAGCUUGUAUGUUUGGUCACAGCAGCAAAGCCCAGCUGCAAGCCAUCCUCACUUUCCUCUUGCAAAUAUCUCCAGAGGAAGGACCACAAUGCUGUUUAUCCAACAGGCUGUUUGGGUCUGCUGAGUCUACAACUGGGUGAUGGGAACCAUUGUGCCAUCCUGCAGCCUUCCAGAGCUUUACGCUAAGCAAGUGGUAGAAUGCAUUUUCUUGAAGAUCUGCCAGCAUCUGUGGCUUAUCUAGAGAACAACUGAUGUCAUGCUUGCUAUUCAGGAAAAGACACAAUAAACUUUCAGAUGUGGAAAAUUCAAGCCUUCAAAAUGGAAGGAUUUCAGAACAUGUAUCUUAACCAUUAUUUACUUGAGACAGGAGAAUUACAUUACUAAAUCUCUUCUGCAAAUAGAUAUCUAGCCAUUUAAUGUUAUUUUUUUCUGAUCGUUCCUGCCUUGUCCUUUUAGAUUAUUCCAUAUUAAACCUCACUAAAAUGUUUUACCACUUGUCUUUUCCUGAGCUAAAUUGUAUUCCUCCUUUCCUUUGGACAUUGGCUCAAAUAAGAUCAUAGCCCUGAGCCCAAAAAAACCACCAAACCCCAAGCCAACAACCGCCAUGCUUUUAUUGCAUUCCUGUUGGUAUUUGUACUGUAC